UCUACCCAGACCGGGAAUCACACUUCGGGAUACUCGCGGACAGUCUGUCAGCUGCGGCUGGUUACCGCACCUAUCCAUGCCGCAGGCGGCACGCUCAGAAUGCAUCCUCUGCUGGAUUAAAGAGAGUCCACAGACAGCUCCAAAUUACACAGGUGACCUGUCAACUCAGCCGAUUAGUGCUAUAAAAAGGAGUUCCUUACUGUUUGGACUCAACAGUCAGAAACAAAAAUGCAGUUGCCACUGAAGUCAGAGGCGAAUAAACUACACUGAUCUUUUAGAAAGCAAGGGUAAGGACGCACGUUUCCGGAUUCACUUUUCAACAGACACCAAAGUGUCAGAAGCCCCAGUACAAAACAGAAACUAAACCUCCACUUGUGUCCUUCUGCCACCAGUCAGCAACAGAAGGCUUUGAUGUAAAUGCUAUUACUUCACCAAAUAACUCCCCAACUUCCCAGGCUUUGCUCAUUGAUUAUCUCUCCUCUUUGGACACUCCACUAAACUGGACACACCAACUAAGGAGAGUGCAACUGGCAGCAGUCUUCACAUCAGCUGAAAAGCUCGUGUUCCACUAAGAAUUUGCUUUCCGAAAGACGCCGCGGUACAACUUCAUUUCAAAAUGAAGGCUUCUGUUUGGGCCCUAAGUGUGCUACUCUUCCUACUGGGCAUUGGUCACUGCAAAGGAGGACAGGUCAGAAUUAAAAAACUAACCCAAAGGAGAUAUCCCCGUGCCACAGAGAGUAAAGAGGAAACAAAGAAAUGUUCAUACACGUUCUUGGUACCCGAACAAAAAAUAACAGGGCCAAUAUGUGUCAACACCAAAGGUCAAGAUACAGGCACUAUUAAAGACAUGAUCACCAGGAUGGACCUGGAGAACCUCAAGGAUGUGCUUUCCAGGCAGAAACGAGAGAUAGAUGUCCUGCAGUUGGUGGUAGAUGUAGAUGGGAACAUUGUAAAUGAGGUAAAGCUGCUGAGGAAGGAAAGCCGCAACAUGAACUCACGAGUCACUCAACUCUACAUGCAACUUUUACACGAGAUCAUCCGUAAAAGAGAUAAUUCACUCGAGCUUUCCCAGCUGGAAAACAAAAUCCUCAAUGUCACCACAGAAAUGCUGAAGAUGGCAACAAAGUACAGGGAACUAGAGGUGAAAUAUGCUUCCUUGACUGAUCUCGUCAAUAACCAGUCUGUGAUCAUCACUGUGCUGGAAGAGCAGUGCUUGAGGAUAUUUUCCCGACAGGACACCCAUGUGUCUCCCCCUCUUGUCCAGGUGGUACCACGACACAUUCCUAACAGCCACCAGUACACCCCUGGUUUGCUGGGAGGCAAUGAGAUACAGAGGGACCCAAGUUACCCCAGAGACUUACUGCCAGCACCUGAUGAGGCAACAGCGCCCACAAAAAGCCCUUUCAAGAUUCCAGCCAUAAAUUUCAUCAAUGAAGGACCAUUCAAAGACUGUCAGCAAGCAAAAGAAGCUGGGCAUUCAGCCAGUGGAAUUUACAUGAUUAAACCUGAAAACAGCAAUGGACUGAUGCAGCUGUGGUGUGAGAACAGUUUGGAUCCUGGGGGUUGGACUGUUAUUCAGAAAAGAACAGAUGGCUCUGUCAACUUCUUCAGAAACUGGGAAAACUAUAAGAAAGGGUUUGGAAACAUUGAUGGAGAGUACUGGCUUGGAUUGGACAAUAUUUAUAAGCUUAGUAAUCAAGACAAUUACAAGCUGCUGAUUGAAUUAGAAGACUGGAGCGAUAAGAAGGUCUACGCGGAAUACAGUAGCUUUCGUCUGGAGUCUGAGAGUGAUUAUUACAGACUACGCCUGGGAACCUACCAGGGGAAUGCAGGGGAUUCUAUGAUGUGGCAUAAUGGGAAGCAAUUCACCACGCUGGACAGAGAUAAAGAUAUGUAUACAGGAAACUGCGCCCACUUUCACAAAGGAGGAUGGUGGUAUAAUGCCUGUGCACACUCGAACCUCAACGGAGUCUGGUACAGAGGAGGGCCUUACAGAAGCAAGCACCAAGACGGGAUUUUCUGGGCGGAAUACAGAGGCGGGUCAUACUCCUUAAGGGCAGUACAGAUGAUGAUCAAACCAAUUGAUUGAAGACACACAGUCUCCAACUAAAUGACUUACAACUUCCCUUCUUAGUUCCCCAAACGUAAACUUUACAUGUUACUUUGCACAAUUUAUUUUUACAGGUACAGUUUGUAAAAAAAAAAAAAAAAAAAAAAAAAUGUGCUGUGACUAUGAGAAUGUAUCUGUGAGUACAGUUCCAUAUUCCUUCAAUAUGCUACAGAAAAUUAUCUGUAUGCAAAUCCUUGUUAUAUCAAAAGUUAUAUUGACUGAAUACAGGUAAAUGUAAGUAUCUGCCACAAUGUAAAACAGAUCUUAGCUUUAUUUUGAAUCAAAUCCAAAUACAUGUUCAAGAUACUUAAUGAUUUAUUUAAAAAAGAUUGCUCUAACUUCCGAUGGAAAAAAUAAUUCUAAGAUUUCAGCCAAGCAGUUCAUUUUAUUUAUAAAAACAGACAGGAAAUUAGAGAAAACUCUCUAGUU